AUGAUGCGUCGUUCCCUCUUUCAGGGAGUUUACACCCUUUGUUUGCGUGGCACCGCGCGGUCGUACACGGACGCCAGAACAAUUCGUAAACCGUGCCAAUUCGAUCAGAUAGUCGACGCCCAGAAUGAAAAAUACAUAGAGGGCAUGUUAAAACAGUAUGAGAGGGAUCCCACGUUAGUGGCGCCAAGUUGGGUUCCGGUGCUGGAGAAUCUGGGAAAGGCGCCUCUUGAAAUGCCUCUUGUGUCCAAUUUUCAUCGUCCCACCUCGGUAGAGACGCUGACAGAAAGAGAGCGACUUCAAAACAUGAGUCUCUCAUGGAUGAUUCUGGCAUACGAAAAGAAUGGACAUUACAUCGCGAAUACAAACCCCCUCAAAUACGUAGAUGGAGUAGAGUCGCAGGUUUUUCAUCCAUCAACUCUGGAUCCGUCAAGUUUUGGUUUUACGGAGGAAGACCUUGAGCGGGUGUUUUAUGUCAACUUUGGAUGCGAUUUUGAGGCCAUAUUUGUGAGCGGAGAUACAGGGCGGAAAUUAAAAGAAAUUGUGGCGCAGUUGCGUCGCAUGUACUGUGGCUCCAUUGGAUUUGAAUUUAUGUCCUCUGGUUAUUUUGACCUUCGUAACUGGUUUCGUCAUCAAAUUCUGAAUACUUUGAAUCCACUUGAACGGCAAGAUCGUCUUGCCAUAUUUGAUGAUGUUGUGCGCAGCUGUGGAUUUGAGCAUUUUUUAAACAUGAAGUACGGAAAUCAGCAGCGUUUUGGCCUUGAUGGUGGAGAAGCACUGAUUCCAGCCAUGAGGGCGAUAAUACAAACGGCAAAUGACAAUGAA